UUCUCUCGACAUUCCACCUUAACAAACAAGCUUGCACAAUGAGUUCCAAAGGGUGGUUUGUUUUCCUUCUCCUGGCACUGGCCAUGGUGGCUGAGGCAUAUACUACACUCGAAGAACUUUCCCCUACUGUCUCUGAUGAUGACAUGGAUCUCAUUGUAGACGACAAUGAGUUUUUGAUGAGUUCUGAAUCACAGCGUAGGAUACUGAUGCAAGGGCAAAGAAAUAGGUACAUUAGCUAUGGAGCGCUUAGAGCCAACAAUAUCCCAUGUGGUUGGCAUGGACGCUCCUACUACGAUUGCAGUAAGAGGGAUAGGGCUAGUCCUUACACUCGUGGUUGCAGUGCAAUUACACAUUGUGCUAGAGACACCAGCAGUUAGUUGAAUUAAUCAAGAAUAAAGCAAGCCACAAGAUGGUAGGGUUCUUAAUCUUCACUUUGGGAUUAUUGAGUAACGUUAUUCGCUGCAAAAGUUUCCACCAUAUUCGAACAAUUUUAAUUUUUAAAUGUAUGGUUACGCGGGGACUUGUAUUUACUAAUUAAUGUAAGGUGGAAGCAAUUUACUUGGUCUAUUUACUGAUGUUGUCUGUUAUACGUA